AUUUCACAGAAUCUUGAUUUAUUUUCUGGAGAAACUGGAGAAAAUAAUGUUCGGAAUUUUCCCCACACUGUGCAUUUUCCUGCUUGAUGUUUUCGGUGUUGGAUCAGAUGUAGUGUCAGUGUCGGUGUUGGAGGGAGAUUCAGUCACUCUAAACACUGGCGUUGAAACAAACCAGCAAUACAGAAUAAGAUGGUAUUUUAAUGACAUUCGCAUCGCUCAAAUCAUUGGAGAUCUGAGUAAGAUCUGUACAGAUGUUCAGUGUAAUGAAGGCACUGAGAGAUUCAGAGACAGACUGAAGCUGGAUCAUCAGACUGGAUCUCUGACCAUCACACACACCACAAACACAGACUCUGGAGAAUAUACACUACACAUCAGCAGCAGCAACAGCGACAGCGACAGCAUUAAGAGCUUCAGUGUUUCCGUCACUUGUGACGUAUCAGUGUCAGUGUCAGUGAUGGAGGGAGAUUCAGUCACUCUGAAAAAUGGUGUUAAAGCAGACCAACAAGGAAAAACAAAAUGGUAUUAUAAUGACACCCGCAUCGCUCAAAUCAAUGGAGAUCAGAGUAAGAUCUGUACAGAUGUUCAGUGUAAUGAAGGCACUGAGAGAUUCAGAGACAGACUGAAGCUGGAUCAUCAGACUGGAUCUCUGACCAUCAUGAACAUCACACACACACACACUGGAGAAUAUAAACUACAGACCAUCAACCCCAACAGCGAAAAGAUCUUCAAAGUUGCUGUUCAUGAAAUUGCUGCCGAGAUGAAUGAAUUAAAAGCCAUGUCACCGAAGGAGGGGGAAUCUGUCACUUUAGAUCCUGCCGUAGAAAUAAAAUCUAAUGAUGUGAUGAUGUGGUGUUUUAAUGACAUUCUAAUCACUGAAAUCACUGGAGAUCAGAGUAAGAUCUGUACAGAUGAUCAGUGUAAAGAGAGAUUCAGAGACAGACUGAAGCUGGAUCAUCAGACUGGAUCUCUGACCAUCACACACACCAGAACCACAGACUCUGGAGAAUAUACACUACAGAUCAUCAGCAACAACAACAGCUUCAGUGUUAGGAGAAUCAAGAGCUUCAGUGUGACUGUCACUGGUUUGGUUCUGUCUCCAGCGUCUAUAGCGGGAAUAAGUGUUGGUGUUCUGCUGUUUGUGACUGCAGCUGCUUAUGUGAUUUACGUUUGCAAGAAAAGGAGAAGUGUAAUAUAGUCAUGCAUCAAUCAGAAUGUAUCUUCGAAUCGAAGACUGCUGUUAAUGGGAAGUACCAACACUGAAACACCGACAUAACAUUACUUAUUGUUUUGAAAAUUGUAUUUAAAGGGACAGUGAGGGAAAAAAACUGAGAGAAUAGGAUCAAAUU